AUGGCUGUAGAAUGCGUGGAGUCAUCUCGAAAACGUAAGUGUUUCGAAAGUGAAAAAAAACGACGAAACUUUUCUGUCAAUCAAAAUUCGCUUGUAUCAGUGUUAAGCACUAGGAUUUUCGUGCACGAACCUUGUGUGACCAUCAAUUAUUCAGAUGUUCCUGCCAAUCCGGUAGUGGAUCAACCUGUUUGUACAGAAAGGAAAGCAGUGAUCAAAUGGAAAUCGGCAGAAGAUCACGGCGACAACAUCAAGAAGUACAUUGUCGAAAUGGAAACGGAUUUUCGUAAGGGAGUUUGGGAACGUGUAGUAGAGGAAACGAACGUCGCCAGGGAGAACUUCGAAGCAGAUGUCACCUUGACGCCUUGGGUGAAUUACACAUUCCGAGUGAUUGCUGAAAAUUCACAUGGCCGAUCAGAUAUGAACAUUGGUAUCGAUGACGAAGGUAAGUUAAAUAUUUCUCUCAUUGAGUACAAAUUGGACGAACCACAUACGGCUUGGACUGAGUUUGUCGUUGAGGAUCCAAUGGCAAAUCAUACCAUUAUCCGCGAACAGCCAACGUUUCGUCGGUUCCAAGUUCAAGUGCGAGCUGUUAAUGCCAUUGGACCUAGUAUUCUUGAGCCGGACACUGUGAAAGGUUUCUCUGGAGAAGACGUUCCAUCUGUUCCACCAAACAACUUUCGAGUUGAGAAGGUCGUAAAUUUCUCGACAGUCAGCUUCAAAUGGGAAGCGGUAGAGGAAUCGACUGUGAAUGGAUUCUUUCGUGGUUAUGAGGUGAGAUUUUAG